AUGACGUCGAGAAUACGGUGUUUUUUUGACAUUAAAAUUGAUGGAACUGAAGGUGGUCGAAUUAUAUUUGAAUUAUAUAAUGAUAUAUGUCCACGUACAUGUGAGAAUUUUCGUUGUUUAUGUACAGGAGAAAAAGGUCGUAGUUUAACAUUGUAUAAAAAAUUGUAUUAUAAAGGAUGUUCAUUUCAUCGUGUUGUUAAAAAUUUUAUGAUACAAUCGGGUGAUUUUACUGAAGGCAACGGCACCGGCGGUGAAUCGAUCUAUGGUGGUUCCUUUGCUGACGAAAACUUGCAAAUGAAACAUGAUCGACCUUAUCUUCUUUCAAUGGCUAAUCGAGGACCGAAUACAAAUGGAUCACAAUUCUUUAUAACGACAGCUGAAGCCUCACAUCUUGAUGGUAAACACGUUAUUUUUGGCCAUGUUGUUUCUGGCCAAGCAGUUGUCGAUACUAUUGAAAAUCUUCCUGUUGAUCCAAAUAGUAGUCGUCCAUUAAAAGAUGCUGUUAUAGCUCAUUGUGGUCAAUUAGAAAUUGUCACAAAAAAUAAUAAAUCAAAGAAACGUAAAAUUUCAACUGGAGAUGAAAGUGAUAAUGAAAAUGUCGAAGAAAAUAAUAAUGACGAUGAUGAAAGUAGUUCAACAUCAGAUAAUGAUGAAAAGAAAAAAAAAUCUAAACAUAAUAAAAAAAGCAAAAAAAAAGAAAAACAUCGACGAAAAAAAGAAACAAAACGUUUAGCAACAAAAACUGGUGAAAAUAAAAAUGAUACUGAUAGUAAUGUCAAUGAUAUAUCUAAACGAACUAUUACUAGUCUCAAAUCAACUAUUGAUUCAGAUGAAAUAUCCGAACAAAAAUUGCCUACACGUUCUUCAUUAAAUGAAAAAGAAAAAGCCAACAAUGAUGAAACAAUCAAUAAUGAAAGAACAUCUCGAACAAAUAGUUAUCGUGCAGCUACAAAAGUUGAUUCGAAUGGUCGUCCAGUAAAAGGUCGUGGCACAAUGAGAUAUACUGGAAAGAGUCGUUCAAGAUCACGUACACCACCACAUUGGCGUUCAGCAGCUGAAGAACGUAAACGUUUUGUUGAAAUGAAUGAGUCACGUAAACAAACAUCUGCUGAACAAACAAGUCCAAAUGAAAAUACAGAUACAUUAACACAAUCAUCUGAACAAUUAAAUGCACGUGAGAAUUCAAAACGUAAUCGUUCAUAUUUAAAAAACGAUGAUGCCAGUGAUGAUCAAGAAAAUACAACGAUUAAUAAUGAAGAACAAGUAUCAAAAGAUUCAAAUAAACGUUCACGACGUUAUGAUAAACGACGAGAAAAUAUUGAUGAUGAUAAUGAUGAACAAAUACAACCAACUAUACAAAGUAGUAUUGUUCGUGCUGAACCCAAAGAACGUGAACAACGACGUUCAUCACCAACACGACAACGACGGGAACAUCGUAAUGAAUCAAAACAUCAUCGAUCAACAAGUAAUAAACAUGAUGAAAAUGAAAAAUCAAAUGAUAAACAUGUUCAAAAUAAUUCUUCACCAGUACGUCCUAGACGUGAUCAUGAUGAAUCUCACACGAAUCGUCGUCGUCGUUCUCAAACACCACCACCACCAUCAUCGUCAUCAGCAUCUCGUAUUCGAUCACCACUAAAUGAUAAUAGAAACGAGUCUUUCGAUGAUUCUACAGUAACAUCAUCUAAAAUGGAUCAACAAGGAGAUACGACUAAUGUUCUGUCGACAUUACACUCUAGUUCAUCACCACCAGCAUCCCAACCAUCUGCAUCUUCGUCUGGAAAACGACGUAAUCGCUGGGCAAAUGAGGAAAACUUUAAUGAAAGACAAACAACAGCACAAGAUACUAGUCUUGAAGAGGAAUUACGUAUGAUUGCACAAACAACUACAGUACAAAUCGAAUCCAUAACACAAUCGAAUGACAUUCCACAACAAUCAACAGAAUCAAUAGUAACAGAGACAGAAACAACUGUUAGUAAAUCAAAAUGGGAUGAUGAUGAUGAUGAUGAAGAAAUGAUCACCGAUUCAGUUAAACAAAACCAAAUUCAAUCGGAACCUUCACCAAAAGAGAAAGCGCCUAGCCCGAUAGUAAAUACUUCUGUCGAAACUGCAUCAAAUGUUGAAACGUCUCAUGAACACCGAUCGUCAAUAACGAUACUAACAGAUAAACAACAAGAUAAAACAAUUUCACAAACUGAACAAUCAUCAUCAAGUCAUAGUCGAAAAGAGAAAGAUUCUUCUAAUCGAGAACGUCGACAACGACAAACAUCCAGUCAUGAACGUGAUCGUGAACGUGAUCGUGAUCGUGAACAUGAUCGGAAUCGUGAACAUGAUCGGAAUCGUGAACAUGAUCGUGAACGUGAUCGUGAACAUGAUCGUGAACGUGAUCGUGAGCGAGAUCGUCAUCGUCGUACAUCUAGUCGUGAUCGUCAUCCUUAUUCAUCUUCACAUAGUCGUUAUCGUAAUUAUGGUGAAAGAGAUGAUUAUUAUCGUCGACGAAAUUAUGAUGAUCGAUAUAGUUCUAGUCAUCGUCGACGAUAUUCACCACCAGCAUCAUCUCGAAGUCGAUACUAUGAUCGAGUUGAUCGAUAUCGAGGACGUGAUCGUGAUUAUUAUGAUAGAGAUCGUCGACGAAAUGAUGAUCGUGAUCGUCAUCGUUCAUCUCGUGAUAAAAAUACUCGUCCAUCACAAUCAAAAUCAUCUAAUCGUGAAAAAGACCGAAAGAGAUCAUCGAGUUCAUCAUCAAAUUCAUCUUCUUCAUCUGGUUCAUCAUCACGUUCAUCAUCAUCAUCAAAUUCUUCAUCUUCUUCCUCCUCCUCAUCAUCAAGUUCAUCAUCAAGUAGUUCAACUGAAUCAGAAGCACAAUCUGGACAACAUGAACGUGUUCCAACUCCACCAGCACGAAAACGUUUACCUACGCCACCAAAUCCCGAAGACGAACAUAUUUUUGUAUCAUUACAAACUGUGAAACCGCGUGAACCACUCGAACGAAAACAAAUUAAAAUUGAAUUAGCAAAAUCUGUACCCUUACCACCUUCAACAUCACCAGCUCGACCAUCGCCACCACCACCUCUACCACUCUAUGAUCCUGAAGAAGAUGAAGAAUCCUCAAAUACAGCGACACAUUCACAAGAUCGUAUUGGUGAACAUGAAGAUAUGGAACUUGAUGAUCUUGAUGAACCACAACCGACAUCAACAGAUGAAUUAACUUCAUCAACUACUUUUAUAGAAGAACAAACAGUGCAAACAACAACAACACCACCCCCACCCCCACCAGCACCAUCGGUUUCUUCACUUUAUGAUGAUGCUGAUGAAGAAGAUCCAAGUAUUCCAACAGAAAGUAAUCAGGAACAAAGUAAUGAUACCAAUCCAAUGCCACCAAUAGUAAAUUCAACGACUGAAACAAUCGUUGAAGAAAAACCAUCAAAAAAAGCUAAACAUCGAUCAACAUCGCGUUCAUCUUCUUCAACUUCAUCAUCUGGUAGUGAUACGAGUAGUUCAACAUCGUCUUCAUCUGGUUCAUCAUCAUCAUCGUCAUCAUCACGUUCAUCAUCAUCUCAUUCGCAUAAAAAACGUGAAUCUGCAUCAUCACAUCAUCGUCAUCAUCAAAAUGGUAACCAUAGUUCAAAUUCCAAUUAUAAAUCACGACGUCGUUGA